CAUUUUAAAUGUUCAUGCUGCACUGAAGGAACAAGAGAGUAACCACUGAGGAAUCAAACCAUGUUUACUGUCUUCUGGACGACAUUGCUUUUCUUUUUGUGGGUUUCCACCACAUAUACAGUUGAAUCAGCCCUUGGAAGACCGUCCUGUUACAAUGGAUUCUGCAUCACUCUCAAUGAGGGAGUGAUAACAGCCAAAGCUGGACUGUGUGUUGUGAUACCAUGUUCCUUCACCACUCCUGAUGGAUUUACACCAAAAAGUAUUGUCUGGUUUAAAUGUGAACCACAGAAAAGGAGAUGUAGUGACUCUGACAUAAUAUUUCACAUAAAUCGUUACAAGGUUACAUCAGAAUUUCUAGGACGGGUUUUACUGUUGGAUCCUGAUGUGAGUCAGGGGAACUGCAGCAUCAUGAUCAAUGACCUCACAACAUCUGAUUCUGGAUCAUAUCAGCUCAGAGUUAAUGGUUUUUACCAUGGAACGGCAGAUGGAGUUACGUUCUCUUCAAGAACAAUUCUCUCUGUCAAAGAUCUAAACCAGAGGCCCUCACUGAUGAUUCCUCCACUGACUGAGGGACAGCAGGCCACUCUGACCUGCACUGCUCCUGGUCUCUGCUCUCCGUCUCCUCCUAUCAUCACCUGGAUGUGGAGAGGAAAAGGAGAAAUGGAAGCUAAUAUUACAGGAAACACAACUGCUUCUUUCAAAACUGAGAAUCUGACUGCUGUCACACAGAGACACAGUUCGAUUCUGACUUUUAACUCUUCGGCUAAGCAUCAUGAUACUAAUCUAACCUGUAAGGUCAGCUACACAAGUGACAUAACCACAGAGGAGACUGUGACCCUGAAAGUAAACUAUAAAAGACAACCUCAGAUCACUGGAAAGACUACUGUGAAGGAGGGAGAUGAUCUGAACCUGACCUGCAAUGUUGAAAGUUUUCCUCAAUCAGUUGUUGUGUGGACUAAACAUUCAGGAAGUGGGAUUUACUUUCAAAAUAACACUGCAUCGGCAACAUUUGUCAUCUUGAAUGUGACAGCUGAGGAUUCUGGGCGAUAUGUGUGCACAGCAACUCACCUAAAUGAAACAGUGUCUGUAUAUGCUGAUGUAAAAGUGACUUGGUUUUCAAAAAUACUGAAAAGUUCUGGAUGUGUGCUUCAGUCAGCGCUCCUGACCUGUGUGUGUAUCACUGAGGGGUUUCCUCUACCCACUAUAACAUGGCCUAUGCUGAAAGACCACACAGAGUACUCGGUCAUUACGACCGUGUCAAACCACACUGUUAACAACACUGUCACCAUAUCCCUGAAAAGUCUCCAUUAUGUCAGUGUUGAAUGUUACAGCAGCCAUGAAAAUGAAGAAGCCAAAGAAAACCUCACAGUCCAAGAAGACUUCACAGAAAAAGAAGCCAUUCAGACCAAAACUACUUUAGAAAAGGUUUUCAGCCUGGAAGUCAUUGUUGCCUUUCUGAUUGGAGUUCUGCUUUCAGCUAUCAUUUGUUGUUUGGCUGUAAAAUGCAACAGGAAGACACUGAAGAAGUCUGAGAAUGAAGAUGGAACUCUGGAGAUGAUCUCUCUAGAUGAUCCACUGAUCGACGACGGUCAGGAUGUUCAAAAUGACAAAUCCCUUGUGCAAGAGGAAACUGAGAACAUACCUAUGGCAGGAGAGAAGUCGACUUCAGAAAUUAACAAAGAUCCAAAAGAUGUGCAGUAUGCCAGCAUUGAUUUCUCAAUCAUGAAGAGAAGGAGUGCAAAAGGGGCAGCAAAGGAACGAGCGAGCACUUUGACUGAGUAUGCAGAGAUUAAAACUGGACCAAAAGAGCAAACAAAAGACGACAGUAAAGAGGGAAGUGAGACACUGGAGGACGAAGAGGAGGAUUUGAUAACAAAACAUGAUGAGGAGACGGAACAUUGUGUCUCAGAGGAGCAGAUUGAAGUGGAGGCAGUUUACUCCACCGUCAAAGAUGUUUUAGAUGAGAUCUGAGAACUGAGCUUCAUUAGCUAGAUAUAUAGGUUAUUUGUAUUCUGUGCACACUCUGACAAUGGCAUUACAGCAUUUUAUGCUGUUUUCCAUUGUUAAAAAAGAUCAUGCAUCCAUCCAUUGCAUGCAUCCACUUGUCCUUGAUCAUCUUGAACAGAAUAAAACUUGUUUUACGCAUUUUGGGAAGACUUGUAAAGAGAGCCUUGACACGGAGUGUACAGUCAGAAUAGGGAAACAACAAAGAAUGCCCAGACACUUCAUUUUGACUAAGCAGAAAGAAGAAUGUUGAAGAAACUAACCUUGCAAAUUCAGUUAGCACCAUCAGAUAGUUAUAGUACUCUCUAAUCCCACAGAACCCUUUCAACAGUGGAUUAACAUGUGUAAAACACAUGACAAAUCAUGUAUGUCCAAUAUGCUUACAACACUGGACAUAAGACUGCUGAGGCUAUGAAUAAUGUGGGGAAGCCCUGGCUUGAGCCUAUUCAUUUUUUGAUUAAUUAUUGGUUUGUAAAAUUGUGUUUUAUUUUGGUUCCUUUUUUGUAAUGUUGUAA